AUGCCUCUGAAAGAGACCCAACCCGAGAAGAACAACUCAGACGAACUACAAUACCAGCGCGACGGCAUUCCUCCAGCCAUGCAGAACUGGUUGAGUCAGUCAAAACAGGCAGAGCCUUGGUCGCCCGUGCAUGUGCAGGUGCAACCAGCAAGGACUCGAUCGGCUGAAGCGUCCAAGCUGUGA